GUUCGUCCGCCUGAUAUCGGCGUGAGCCCUCUCUUGACGUUUCAAGAGAGCGAGAAAAGUUUCUUGUUGGGAAAUUCUAGGAGAAUGGGCUGCCUGCCUGUGUACACCGGCUUGACUGGUGGCUGGCUGGGUUGUUGCUGUUUUAGAUUCAGCUAAACCACUACGGGCUAUGGUGAGCCCGUAGUGGACUUACCCGGCACAGGAGCGGGGCUGUAACUGCUGACUGGGUUGUAUUUCCACAGGACGCCAUGAGAGAUGCCUCGAAGCACCUCUUCAACAUCUCCAACCACAAGAUCUACUUCAGAAAUAUUACCAUUGUCUUGCCCAAAUAUUGGACUAUGACGGGUAACGUUUACAAUGCCACCACUGCUGAGAACUUUAAGGAGAGUGACAUUCGCGUGGCCCCAGAGAACAGCAUCUAUGGGGACCAGCCCUACACCCUCCAGAUGGGGGAGUGUGGGCACCCCGGCCUCUACACCCAUGUUACUCCAGCCUACCUCACACACUCCCACUUCGUUACCUGGUGGGGACCCAGAGGGCAGGUGUUGACGGAGGAGUGGGCCAAGCUGAGGUGGGGCGUGUUUGGUGUUCCAGGACAGGUGUUGGCGGAGGAGUGGGCCAAGCUGAGGUGGGGCGUGUUUGAUGAGGUGGGCUUCCCGAGCGAUCCCAGGUUCCCGCUUUUCUACUCCGCCGGCCGCAACGAUACCAGACGCCCCACUCUUUGUUCCCGGGAGCCUCUCCCUGGUACUGUGAGGAACGACACCCUCCGCUCUGCUUUCGUUCUCCACAAAGCCACCUCCCUGGGUCAUGCGGGCAACUACUGCACCAGUGAGACCCACAUUAUAGAGGCGCCUAAUAAACAAAACACGUACUGCCAUGGCGGGAGCAUCUGGAGUGUGAUACACAAGCACAGCGAUUAUAAGGCCAGCCCAGGGCCUGGGGUCGAGUGGCAGGAGCCGACUGUAAGAGUAGUGAGGGAGAUCAGCACCUGCUUCUCCUUCUUCCUCGACAACACCGCCAGUGCCUCCGACCUGCUGAGGCAGAGUCUGGCACUCAGACGCUGGGUCAUGUACGAUGUCUCCAACGGCACCUUCGUCACCGUCUUAAAUCCGUGGACCAACAGGAAGGUGGUAAACAGGAAAAUCGUAAACCAAGACACCAGGCUCAAGGCGGCCCUAGAGAUCGCUAAGAUGGAACACGGCAAUCAUACCUCCAACUCCAGUCACUCACUCACGCCUGCUGUUAUGGCGCUGGACUGGAGUAACGGUGUUUUGGUGGCGCUGGCUGGCGGCCGCGGGGUCGCUGUAGAGGAGUCUAUCGCCCGGAAGAUCAAGAGGGAUAUCCGUGUUGUGGUUAUCACUCACAGACCCAGGAUCUUGGAGAAUGUCUCCACGACCAAGGUUGCCUCCGACCAAGAUUUGCGAGUGCUCGCCGGGAAGACGGGUGGCCUGGACCUUGUGGUGCCAGAGAGCAAGUGGCACUUACUCUCCCAGUCCCUCAGAGCCGCCCUCCAAUACGAGCCGUCCGUCACUGUGGCAGACACCACCACUGAGAUCUACGAAGCAGAGGCCAAUGACAGCAAAUCGGACAGUUUUUACGUAGACAGGAGUAUGGGUCGUGACCUGACCUUUCUGCUCUACACUGAUGACUUGGACCAAGUAACCAACGCAAGUCUCAUCAGUCCAAGUUCAAGCCUCAUACCAGGACGUUUCGACGACGUGACGCGGACUUGGAGUAUUACUCUCCCCGAGGCCGAGGCUGGAGAGUGGCAGUGGCAGGCGGAAGUGGAGUUCACCAAGACCUACCACGUGCGGGUCACGUCACGUACAAGAACUGCACAAGACCAUCCUAUCGCCAUCACAUCUUGGCUGAACCAACCGGCUUACAGCGUGAAUGCUACACAACUACCAAUCCUCUACGGGGAAGUCAGACGAGGACCUCACCCCUUCCUCAACGCCUCCGUCAGAGCCUGGCUGCUACACCCGAAUGGCAGCGAGGACUGGCUGGUACUCUCUGACGAUGGCAAGAACGCUGACACAGUGGCCGGCGACGGUAUCUACUCCAGGUUCCUCACCCAGUUCGCCUCCAACGACUACUAUGUGCUCCAGAUAACGGCAGUGGACAACAGCAGCGUCGCUGGCAGAGCCGUCAGCACGAGCAUCAGGAAGCGCAGAAGGGUCGACUCAUCAAACGAACAACAGGACAACGAACUCAUCAAGACAACUCCUCGGGGCGAAAGAGACAAAGCUCGACCCCCGCAAGCACAGUUAGGUGAGGACAUAGCGAGACCUCCGUCACAAGAGGACACAGCGAGACCAUCACAAGAGGACAUAGCGAGACCUCCGUCACAAGAGGACACAGCGAGACCAUCACAAGAGGACAUAGCGAGACCUCCGUCACAAGAGGACACAGCGAGACCAUCACAAGAGGACAUAGCGAGACCUCCAUCACAAGAGGACACAGCGAGACCUCCGUCACAAGAGGACAUAGCGAGACCUCCGUCACAAGAGGACACAGCGAGACCAUCACAAGAGGACAUAGCGAGACCUCCAUCACAAGAGGACACAGCGAGACCUCCAUCACAAGAGGACACAGCGAGACCAUCACAAGAGGACAUAGCGAGACCUCCAUCACAAGAGGACACAGCGAGACCAUCACAAGAGGACAUAGCGAGACCUCCGUCACAAGAGGACACAGCGAGACCAUCACAAGAGGACAUAGCGAGACCUCCGUCACAAGAGGACAUAGCGAGACCAUCACAAGAGGACACAGCGAGACCUCCAUCACAAGAGGACCCCUCUAACAAUACCUUUGACGACUCACCACCACGUGUCACAGAGCAGCCGGACUACUGCUGUGGGAGUGUGGUGCCCAGCGAGCGUGUCCACAGUCCCGACACCGAACGCUUCGCCAGGAAAGGCACCGUACUCAGUCUUCAGGUGAAUGGAGUGACGGCCAACGACACGAGGCCGCCGUGUCGGGUGAUGGACCUGAGGGUGGUGGCGGUGAAGUGGAUGUGGUACUCCUCCAUCAGCGGGAAGCACACUUUCUGCCUGAGUGCCACCUGGACAGCACCCGGGGACGACCUCGAUGUUGGCACAGUGACCAACUACACCUUCCUGCUGUCACCUAACAUAAGAGAUGUCAUCCACUACCCAAGUGCCACCAUGAAGGAGGAGGACGUGCUGGAGGUGAGCCUUGACUGCCACUCGGAGCUGCGGGUGGAGGGUGGCACUGCUGUGGACUUGAGCUUCACCUGGUCACGCCUUCUCGACAAGGAGGAGAUAAUAUACUUCUCCCUCGUCUCUAGGGAUGAAGCAGGAAAUGCAAGUCCAGUCUCUAGAGUCGCCUACUUCACGGCUGUCUUCCUUAAUGACCACAAGUCAAUGGAGCAGCUCAAGAUGGACCUGGUGAUGAUAACAGCAUCAAUCGUCACACUGGCUAUCCUGCUGGCUACCUGCUAUCUUCACAGGGAACACAAGAAGAUCAAGACACAAUAUUCUCCACGUGAAAUGUCUCGAGUGCAGUGCGACCGGAUGCACGACAAUGUAAAUUGUGUAACACAACGACGCGCCAAGCCAGUAUGACUACAUAGCACUUAGGAAGGAGUAUAAUGACAUGAAGUUGGGAUAUAAGGAUAAGGGGCUCGAAUAUAAGGACAUGGAAUUGGGAUAAAAGGGUAAGGAAUUUGGAUCUGGGGAAGAAGAACUGGGAUACAAGGACAGUGAAGGAGCUGUGAUUGAGAGACUGUGAUUCUCCCGAUUACUUCAGAUACGAAAAAUUACUUACAAGGAGAGGUGGGGGGAGGUGCCACGAAUCUGGAUCUCACUACCAGACAGCUGUCAAGAGGGUGAGUCUCCAGAAGGAGUCUACAGAGAUUGUGUGAGCCAAUCGUUAAAAUGUGAUGUUAAUUUGUGAUAUGCAAUCUAUCCGUCACCAUGUAAAUGAAUGCAAGUUUAUUAGUAAUUUCAAUCACUUGAGGAUUGAAUAGGCUCCUAUUGACUAUAGGCUCCUAUAGCCUAUUGGCUAUAGGAGCCUCGAACCACAGCCACCAGAUCAGAAGGCCGUAUCUAUAACCACUUAUGCUACUGAACACCCAUCAUAAGAAAGGAUCUCAAAGAUAUGAACAGGACAUCAAUGGUCCUCAGUUAACCUCACCAACAAGAAUAAAAAGUCAUAAUUUUCACUUAAUUAUACAUUAUAUAUCUAUACAACAUAUAUUAUCAGUUCACAUAUUAUAUAUACUUGAACAAUCUAGCUGCAAUUAAAAUUAUUUAUAAUUUUAAUUUUGAACGUGACAAUUUAAUUAAAACUG